CGUCACGCUAGGCUCAAUUACAAAGCGCGUCGAUCCUUUUAAUGCAAUGUUAUACUUAUAUCAGUCAGCAUGCCUAUAUGCAUGUAGUGUAUCGUUGUUAAUUAUAGUACUACUGUUAAAAACAAUGACGUGUGAAUGUCUGUUGAUUGAAUGAGUAUUAAAACACCUUGCAGGCUCAAGCACUGUUCCCAAAAAGGAUAAGUCCUUCCUUAACCACAAACAUUUUUUUGCUGCUUGUAAACGCCGUCCUCAGUUGUCAACAGCUCACCUUGGCGAGAAAAAUAUAUCAUUGCAAGAUAUAUUAAAUGCAAUGAUUGCAUUUGUAUUUGUGCAUGUUUUAACAAUGAGCAUGUUUGUGUUCUUUUGUAAGGAAGACCAAAAAUGGUGCAAUGAAAAAUGGCGUAGGCCUUAUUUAUUGCCGUAUUAAACAUUCUAUUUGGAAGGUGAAAAGACAAGUUUGAUGCCAGUAAAAAUGAAGAACAUAAAGUCAUUGUAUUGUGCCAAAUACAAUAAAUUCUGGAAACUUUGUCGCUGCACACACACAAAUGCCGCCUUACUAAUGACACGUAUGCAUAUUAAACAGACAGUUAAACCUUACAAUGACAUCCCAAUGAACAAAACAUCUAAAUGACACAGUUGGUGUAAGAAUAUUUAUUGACCACCAGAUAGCGGAGUAGAGCGCUAAUCCGAUCUUUUACAAAAACGACAUUUUCUCAGCUUUUUGUUCAAAAUGUUGCUUUUUUUUAAAAAAAAUAAAACUUACCCACAUUCAAGUGUUGAUUUAAAAAAAAAGAAUGCAUGAAGGAAUAAAGAGUGGAAAGAGUCGAGAGCUCUUAAGAUACUGCCAAUGACAUACAACAAAAGCAUUUAAACACUUAAAGUGUCUGAAAAGAAAAAAUCUGUACUUUGGUAAUCAUAGUUUAGACUCUUUUACUUCGAAUUUAAUUCUGUUAAUUCAGUGACUCAAUUGUUCAUUCAAUAAACAGUGAUAAUGUGGAGGUGAAAAUGUGCAUCAAAAACAACCUUUUUACAUGUAAUUUUUUACGCAACUCCCCCAAUAACACCAAAAGACCAGUUCAGCUGUUUUCCUUCAGCAGGGAUGAUGUUAUCAUGGUACUUUUCCCCUAGUUUAAUAAGUAAAAAAUAAAUAAAUAAAUAAAUAAAACUUCCAGACAGUAUUUCAGGGAUCUUUAUGUGAUUCUGCUGUAAUGUGAUCUGUGGAGUUUACUAACAGCUGUGGCGGAGAAUGGCGUUUUUCUUAUUUUUUCUGAUUAUUUUGUUAAUAUUUAAGUCCUAUUUUAUGCUUUCAAAAUAAGCAGCUGAUGUUGUAAGGAGUCCAGCUAAAAUACGAGUCCAUAAUCCAUAAUAGUGCUUCCUUCAGUGAAAAAGUGCAUCUGCUGUUGUCUCUCAUCAAAAUACAGCCACAUAUUAGUUUAGAGCUGUUUUGGCUUGUAAACGCUGCUUGAUCUGCAGAUUUCUCUCCUGAUUCACACCAGAACACUUUUUCACUGGAGGAAGCAUUAUUAUGGAUUAUGGACUCAUAUGUUAGUUAAAACGUAUUAAUGCUGGAUUAGUUUCAGCUUUUGUCUUCUCCAGAUGUUAACUGAUGGACUGGAGUGCUGUGGAUUAUUGUGAUGUUUUUAUCAGACUCUCAUUCUGACGGCACCCAUUCACUGCAGAGCAUCCAUUGCUGAGACACUGAUGCAGAGACACAUUUCUACAAAUUUGAUGAAGAAACAAACUCAUCCUAGUCUUGGAUGGUCUUAGGCAGCAGCUCCAGGUCAAGGUGCAGCUCGUGUCGGAGGAUCAGCUCAGCCAAAUCUGCAGUCAUGACAGAGUCACCGGAUUACCUGCUGGAUGGCAGUCCGCUCAUCAGCGCCGCUAAACUGGGCAAACUGCGCUUGGUUCGUCUUCUGGUGGAAGGAGGCGCGCAGGUCAACGAGAGGAACCAGCGAGGAGAGACGCCUCUGCUGGCCGCCUGCCGAGCUCUGCGGGGCGAUCAGUCCGGAUCCAGCAUGCUCAGACUCAUCCAGUAUCUCCUCCAGAACCAGGCCGACCCGAACAUCCAGGACAAGACGGGCCGCACGGCUCUGAUGUACGCCUGCAUGGAGCGGGCCGGGCCGGACGUGGCGUCGGCUCUGACCGCGGCGGGCGCUGAUCCCAGUACAGAGGACUACGCCGGAGCCUCGGCCCUCGUUUACGCCAUUAACGCCCGCGAUCAGGACACACUUACAGUGCUGAUGGAUGCCUGCAGAGCUCGGGGACGAGACAUCAUCAUUAUAGCCACCGAUCUGAGCUGCGACCCGAACGUCCCUCCGUCGCCCGACAGCUCGCCCGUCUCCUGCAUGUCGCCCUCGGACAUCGAGCUCAAGACCAACUCUCCUAACUCUGAGGGCGAGAACAUCUUUAACUUUCGAGGAGGCGGGCAGGUUUCUCCCGUCCUUCCGAGGAGCGAGACUCGCUGUCGGCAGCGUUUGCGCUCGGAGCCUUGGCUGGCCAUCCAAAACCUGGCGCAUCUCAGCCAGAGCUACGAGAAAAACACAGAAGAGGAGGAAAACCCAGACGACGGGUGUUCUCUUCCCUCCUAUUUGAAGUUUAAAUCCGAAUCAGAGCAGCUGCAGAGCAGAAGAAACACGCUUCCGGAUCUUCUUCAGCCGCCGGCCCUUAAACUCACGCUGUCCGGAUCCGACACUCACUUGCACCGGGAUCCCUGCGCUUCGAGGUUCCCUUCCAUCUACAGGAGCAGUUCUCUGUUGCUGGCGCCUCCCGACGGGCUUCACGAGCUCCACACGGCCAACAGAAAGAAGGCGAGAGCUCACGGCGGAUUCUUGCCUCCUCUUCCCGGUGUUUCUGUGAGGAACGUGUGCAGAGAUCCCAUCCCAGCCUCAGCUCCUCUCAGACGGGAAGCUCACGGUCCGCCGCGCCGUCACUCGGUUCAACUCGAGCAAAUAACACCGAAGGAAAGCUCGGAGACGCUCUACCUGUUGUGAAGUGUCUUCCAAUAAAACCGAGACAAUUACACUACCAGUCAAACGUUUUGGAACAGUAAGAUUUUUAAUGUUUUUUUAAAGAAGUCUCUUCUGCUCACCAAGCCAGCAAAAACAGUAAAAUUUAGAAAUAAUUUUACUAUUUAAAAUAACUCUUUUCUAUUUGAAUACAUUUUAAAAUGUAAUUUAUUCCCGUGAUUUUCAAAGCUGAAUUUUUUUUCCAGAAAUCAUUCUAAUAUUUCGAUUUGCUGCUCAAACACAUUUAUUAUUAUUAUUAUGUUGAAAACAACCGAGUAGAAUUUUAUUUUUCAGGUUUCUUUGUUGAAUAGACAGUUCAAAAGAAAACAUUUAUCUGAAAAAGAAGUCUUCUGUGACAUUUAUAAAUGUCUUUAUCAUCACUUUUGAUCAAUUUAAAGCAUCCUUACUAUAUAAAAGUAUUAAUUUCUAUAAUUACUUCCCACCCCAAAAAAAUUAUACUGAGUCCAAGCUUUUGAAUGGUGUAGUGUAUAGUGUUACAAACAUUUUUUUAUUUCAGAUAAAUGCUGAUCUUUGGAUCUUUCUAUUCAUCAAAGAAUCCUGAAAAAAAUGUACUCAACUGUUUUAAAUAUUGCUAAUAAUAAUAAUAAUAAUAAAUGCUUCUUGAGCAGCAAAUCAGCAUAUUAGAAUGAUUUCUGAAGGAUUAUAUGACACUGAAGACUGGAGGAAUGAUGCUGAAAAUUCAGUUUGAUCACAAGAAAAUAUAUAAAAUAUAUUCAAAUAGAAAGCAGUUAUUUUAAAUGGUAAAAUAUUUCACAGUAUUACUGCUUUUGCUGUAUUUUGGAUCAAUAAAUGCAGACUUGGUGAGCAGCAGAGAAUUCUUAAAAAAAAAAAAAAACAUUAAAAAUCUUACUGUUCAAAACCUUUUUUGACUGGUAGUGUACAUAUCAUUAAUACACUGUUUUAGAGAAAUAAAUAAGAAAAAAUGACAGCAUUUGAUUAGAUCAUUAUGUUCAACUUCUCAGCUUUUGGUCAUAAAAAUAAAGCCACUAAAGAAACCAGACAAUUAAAUCACUUGAACCUGUAAAACACUGUGUUAGGAAGAUAAAUAAAUGGGAAAAUCUUGUUUUAUUGCUGGUUGGAUGUUAUUAAUAGAAACAUUUUGCAUCUAAAAACAGUUCAUUGUGUUCAACUUCUUAGCUUUUGUUCAUAAAGCCACCAAGGAAGAUAAAUAAAAAAGAAAGAAUAAUCGGUCUUACUCUUAUUGCUGGUUGGUUGUUAUUUAAAAAUGGCACUAAAAUAAUCUAACUUAAUCAGAUCAUUGUGUUCAACUUCCCAGGUUUUGCUCAUAAAAAUAAAGCCAGCAAACUAUGAUUUCCUUUCAAGCUCCUAUGAAAUCGAAGCGUCAUAUCAGAUCAUGAGCAAAUACAAUAAGACUUCAUAUCAUAAGUCAAAAUGAAACCACAUUUGCAGCUCAU